GAGAAUUUAGGGGUGUAUUUCCGAGUGGCGGGGUAUUCUGCAAUUACUCCGAAGAAGCUCAUCAAUUCUUCAUUUUGUAAAAAGUCCAGAGCCUAGGUCCAAUAUGACGCAGAUGCUGGGUGGUUGUCGGGCAUUGCGAGGACUGUUUGCGGCCGUCAUGGCCGUGGUGUUGGUGGGGCUUGCUGGGCGGGACUGUUCGGCGUUCUAUCUGCCAGGCAUGGCGCCCGUCAGCUUCUGCUCGAAGGAUACCGAAGUUAGGUAUAAAACCGCGGGAAACUCUUUGGAUAGUCAGUGUAAGAGCCAAAUUGAGAUGUAUGUGAAUCGCCUGGACACAGUAGAGAGUAUCAUCCCCUAUGAUUAUGACAGGUUUGACUUCUGCCAGGUCCCGAAAACAGAAGACGUCCGUCCCGUGGAGAACCUGGGCCAGGUGGUAUUUGGGGAGCGCAUCGAUGCCUCGCCCUAUAACUUCACCUUCAGCAAGAAUGAGGACUGUGUCAAGGUCUGUGAGAAGACCUAUGACCCCAAGGUCAAAGAGCAAGAGGAGAAGUUGACCUUUCUGCAGAAGGCCAUCAUGCUCAACUACCAGCAGCACUGGAUUAUUGACAACAUGCCAGUGACCUGGUGCUACACAGUGGAAGGAGACCAGAAGUAUUGCUCCCCUGGAUUCCCUGUUGGUUGCUAUGUCGACAAACAGGGCAUCCGUAAAGAUGCCUGCGUCAUUGAUACAAAUUAUGACCAGAAGGAUACCUACUACCUGUUCAAUCACAUCAACUUUACUAUCAUGUACCAUCGCAUGUCAGAGAACGAAGACCUCGCUCGCAUUGUCUCCAUCAAAGUUGAGCCCCACAGUAUCAACCACAAGAAGACUGGUGGUAAAUGCCUGACCAGUGUGAGUGAGAAUCCAGUCUCUGCUCCCAUGGCCAUCCCUGCUGAGAUCAAGGAACCCAUCUCCAUCAGCUACACCUAUAAAGUGGAAUAUGAGCUCAAUACGAAGAUACGAUGGGCAUCCAGAUGGGAUUACAUCUUGGAAUCCAUGCCACACUCCAGCAUCCAGUGGUUCAGCACCAUCAAUUCUCUUGUCAUUGUUGGGUUCUUGUUAUUGAUCGUGGGGCGAAUCCUGCAUCACAAUGUCUACACAGGUGAAGAUAGUGUAAAGAAAGCUGGAAGUGAACGUGCACGUGAUUUUCGUUGGAAGCUGUUACAUGGCGAUAUCUUCCGACCCCCACGCGGCUGCAUGCUCCUGUCAGCGUUGCUGGGAUCCGGAACGCAAAUCGUCCUUGUGGCUUUCAUCACUUUGGUAUUGGCAUCUGUGGGGCUUCUAUCACCAGCCAGACGAGGGGCUCUCAUGACGUGCAUCAUCAUGCUGUUUGUCUGUCUUGGAUUGCCGGCUGGUUACAUCUCCACUCGAAUGUACAAGGCAUUCGGAGGUGAGAAGUGGAAGACCAACCUCUUGCUGACUGGUCUGUUGGUUCCCAGCAUCAUCGUCGCCAUCGUUCUAAUCUUAAAUGUGCUGAUGUGGACCUGGCAAAGUUCAGCCGUCAUCCCUACAUCCACUCUCUUAACGCUACUUGCCAUGUGGUUUGGCAUCCAGUUGCCUCUUGUUUACAUCGGGGGAUUCAUUGCCUUUAUAAGAAAGCCGAUUGAGUUCCCGGUACCCACCAAUCUGACCCAACGCCGGAUCCCUAGGCAGCCUUGUAUCAAACACCCUGUGCUUGCUGCUGUUGUCAGCGGGGGGCUUCCCUUCAGUUGUAUCUUCAUCCAGCUUUUCUUUAUCUUGAAUAGCAUCUGGAUGCAUCAGUUCUUCUACGGAUUUGGCUUCACAUUGUGCACAGCUGCAGUCAUGGUCGUCGUCUGUUCCUUGAUCACGAUACUGUUCUGCUUUUUGCACCUUCAAUCUGAGAACUAUCACUGGUGGUGGCGCUCUUUCCUGUCGAGCGGCUUCACUGCCGUCUACGUCCUUAUCUACUGCGUGUAUUACUUUGUGUCCAAGUUGACGAUCCAGGGCACAGCCAGCACAGUCUUGUACUUUGGCUACACCUCCAUCAUGGUCCUCCUGUUCUUCUUGUUCACGGGUACCAUUGGAUUCUUUUCCUGCUUCUGGUUCCUCCUGAAGAUUUACAGCUCCCUGGAUCCCAGCCAGCUGGAGUUGAACAGUGAUGUUGAGGAUGAGAAGGACAUGCCCCAAGAAACGAUGAACGUGGGUGUGGUCAAGGAGGAGGAGAAGGAGGAGGACAUAGCAAAUGAGGCUGCAUCAAAUCAAGAAGAUGGGGAAAACCCUCCCCCAAUCAUUGAAGUAGGCAAGGACAAUGCUGACACUGUUCAGCAAGAUGUGUCAGUUGUAGGCGGGAACUCUGAAGGUGAACUCACCCCACAAAUAUAGAUGAGGGUGCCAUGACUGAAGACAAAGAAAGGCACAUGUUGUCAGCAAGACCAAUUAAAGGCAUACAUAGGAUCAUUUGCCUUUCUUGCAUUCUGUUCGUUUCCAAUAAAACACCACUCAGAAUUCAAAGAAGAAUGUUCAAAACCUAGCCUGAUGAAGUUUGAGUGAUCGUUGGAAGUCACCUACAUACUUCAGGAAUAAUCUCACGUGAUGUUUAGUACCAGUAUGGUCGACUGGUCGUUACACCAUAAAAGGUUUUUGAUAAUACUUAUGUAGAUUACUUUUGGGGAUAAAUGCAAAUGAUCCUAUAUGCCUUUAACAUUAUUAUAGAUGUGAUAAAUUCACUGAAGUUUGGGUGUAAUUGUGUUCAGUCUGUAAAUACUGCAUGUACUCGGUUUCAUAAAAAACGCAAAUUGCUUGAUGCCAAUACUCGUUUGCCAUAUUACAUGCAUGUAAAAUAUAAAAAAGUUAUUACUUUUUAUGUAUAUGACAUUUUCAGAACAAAAUUAACUGAAUUAUGAAUUAAAGAAACAGGGUGUAGUAUAAUAUUUGAAAGAAAAUAUGACAAAGGUUAUGUGACUAACUUUUCAAACACUUCUCCAAAUUCUUCACAUAUUUAAAUACUUUGCAGGAACAAUAAAAAAAAAAUUAUGAAGUUCUGUAAAAAAUAAAAUCAAAUAAAUCAAUUUUGAAGAAGAGAUUUUUUUGUAAAUUUUUUUUGGUUUUUUUUAAGGGGGGGUUGGGUUGGCUAUAAUUUCUACACCCCAACUAUGCAAUUCCUGGAGGCAAGUACCUAAGUGAAGAAAUAAGUAGUGGUAGGUCUAAAAAAUCUAUUAAUAUGAAAUUAAAUAUCUCUUUAUUUUGUUUUGCACAUGAAAUAUUAAAGUUGUCAGUAUAUUACUUGUAUAACCAAGAAAGUAUAUUUUUUAUCAUAUUGUAAGUUGAAUGUUUAUUUAAAAUGGGUGCCAGGAUACAUUUUUAUGGUAAUUAAAGGCAUGUUGUUAUAUAUGGUAAUUACUUGGAAACGGAUCUACCAAUGUAAUGAGGACAACCCUUGCUCAAAGUGACAAUAGGAGAUGGUACCAAAUAACCUCUGAAGUUAUUUUGUCUGAAAUGGUAUUGUUUGGAAGGGAAAAAAUGUCACUGAGGGUGGCUUUCAAUAAAGGUUGCAUGCAUAAGUAACAGAAUCAAGGUAAAGACCUAAAAAAUUCUG